AUGGCGGCGCCGCGGCCGGCUUCUCGCCUCUCGCUGCUGCUGGCUGUCCUGGCCUGCACGGGGCCCGCGCGGCCCUCGCCCCCCCUGCUGCUGCGGCCCCGGGAGAGAGAGAGGGACUCGGGUAGCGUCAACAUUGCCGUGGUGCACUCUGGAUCCUCCCUGCUCCCGCAGACGGCGGCGGCAGCGGGGGCCGGAGAGCCGGCGCCCGGACUCGGGAGCGGCCCGGGCGGCAGCCAAAGGGGCGUGAGUGACGCGGGUUCCCCGGCAGCGGCCGUGGCGUCCUCAUUUGCCGCCGCUUCGUCGGUGUCGCUGCUAGUCGCCGAGAUCGUGAUGACGCCGUCUGGGCAGGCCACCGUCAUCUACCUGAAGGUCAACGAGAGCAGCCCGGGAAGCCUCCUGCUGCAGCUGUGCGAGCUGCUCGCUACCACGCCGCUGCAGGGUUUAGUUUUUGAGGAGGAGAGGCCGCCGCCCCCCAACCGCGCCCCGCUGGCCCCCAUGCUGGAGUUCAUCUCGGCCCAGACCGGCGUUCCCGUGCUGGCGGUGGGCGGAGGGGCGAGCCUGGGACGAGAGCCGCAGGAGAGCGGCUCCAUCUACCUGCAGUUCACGUGCUCGACGGCGCUGCAGCUGGAGGUGAUCUUCGAGGUGCUGGAGGAGUACGACUGGACGUCAUUCUCGGUGGUCACUACCCGCCACCACGGUUACGAGGACUUCCUGGACAUGGUGGAGGCCAUGACGGACGGCUCCUUCAUCGGCUGGGAGCGAAAAAGUGUGGUGGUCCUCAACAUCACAGAGGACCCCGGUGGCGCCCGCGCCAAACGUGUGCUCAAGGACCACGAGGCGCAGGUGCGCCUGCUGUACUGCUCCCUGGAGGAGGCGCAGCUUGUGUUCCGAGCGGCCUGGGCGUCGGGCCAGGCGGGCCCCAGUCACAUGUGGUUCGCCGUGGGCCCGGCGCUAUCCGGCCUGGGUCUGGAGGGGCUGCCCAAGGCCUUGUUCGCCAUCCGGCCUCAGGGAUGGAGAGACGAGCCUCGCAGGCGCAUCGCCAAGGGCGUGUCGGUUCUGACCCACGGCGCCACGGCGCUACGGCGCGACCUGGGCGCCGCCGGCCGGGCUCUCUACACCGGAAACUGCCAGAGCGACGGCAACCGCACGCAGCGGGUGGCCGACAGAAUCAGGUACUUCACCAACAUCUCCAUCGGGGGGCGGGACUACUCCUUCAACGAUGACGGCUACCUGUCCAAUCCGUUGCUGGAAGUCAUCUCGUACAACAACGGACGCGGCUGGGAGGAGGUGGGCUGGUGGGAGAAUGGCCACCUGCAUCUGCGCGACCACCCUUGGUCACGCUACGGCCCGUUCCUCAAGCCGCUGGACGAUGCCCAGCACCUGCGAGUGGUCACGCUGGAAGAGAGACCCUUCGUCAUCGUGGAGCCCGCCGACCCGGGGACCAGCUCCUGCAUUCGUGACUCGGUGCCCUGCCGUAUGCCGCCCAACUCCAGCCUGCCGGCGGAAGGCGCCUCUCCCACAAAGCAUUGCUGUAAAGGCUUCUGCAUCGACGUCCUUAAGAGGCUGGCCACGAUCGUUGGCUUCACCUACGACCUCUACCUGGUCACCAACGGGCGCCACGGCAAGAACAUCGACGGCGAGUGGAACGGCAUGGUGGGCGAGGUGGUGUCCGACAGAGCCGACAUGGCCAUCGGUUCGCUCACCAUCAACGAGGAGCGCUCGGAGGUUGUGGAGUUUUCCGUACCCUUCGUGGAGACGGGCAUCAGCGUGAUGGUUUCCCGUAGCAACGGCACUGUGUCGCCGUCCGCCUUUCUCGAGCCCUACAGUCCGGCCGUGUGGGUGAUGAUGUUCGUCAUGUGUCUGUCGGUGGUGGCCGUCACCGUCUUCAUCUUUGAGUUCUUCAGCCCGGUCGGUUACAACCGCAGUCUGCAGAGCGCCAAAAAGUUGGGGGGCUCCAAGUUCACCAUCGGCAAGUCGGUUUGGCUCCUGUGGGCACUGGUCUUCAACAACUCUGUGCCGGUAGAGAACCCGCGAGGAACCACCAGCAAAAUCAUGGUCCUGGUGUGGGCCUUCUUCGCCGUCAUCUUCUUGGCGUCCUACACUGCCAACCUGGCCGCCUUCAUGAUCCAGGAGGAGUACAUCGACACUGUGUCGGGACUCUCCGACAAAAAGUUCCAGCAGCCCACCGAGCAGUACCCGCCCCUUCGCUUCGGCACGGUGCCCAAUGGCAGCACGGAGGAGAACAUCCGCUCCAACUAUCCCAACAUGCACCAAUACAUGAUCCGCAACAACCAGAAGGGCGUGGAGGAAGCCAUCGACAACCUGAAGACGGGUAAACUGGACGCUUUCAUCUACGACGCUGCUGUGCUCAACUACAUGGCCAGGAAGGACGAAGGCUGCAAGGUGAUGACCAUCGGCUCCGGCAAAGUCUUCGCCACCACCGGCUACGGCAUCGCUCUCCACAAGAACUCCCGAUGGAAGAGACCGCUGGACCUGGCGCUCUUGCAGCUGGUGGGAGACGACGAAAUUGACAUGUUGGAGCGUCUUUGGUUGUCGGGAAUUUGCCACAACGACAAGAUUGAGGUGAUGAGCAGCAAGCUGGACAUCGACAACAUGGCGGGCGUCUUCUACAUGCUGCUGGUGGCCAUGGGCCUCAGCCUGCUGGUCUUUGCCUGGGAGCAUCUGGUCUACUGGAAGCUGCGGCAUUGCAUCAAGCGCUCGGGCGGCAUGGACUUCCUGCUGGCGCUCAGCAGGGGAAUGUACAGCUGCUGUCAGUUUGAGGACGAGACGGCACCGGGAUGCGGGAAGAGUUCUCUGCCGCAGUACCACGCGGUUCCCACCGUAGCCCAGCAGCACCUGGUGACCGCCACAGUCAACAACACCGCUGCCAUCACCAUGGUGCAGCCGCAACAGCAGCAGCAGCCGGCGCCCAAGCACAUCCCAAAGCAGCCGCAGGGUCAGACGUACGCCGGCGUGCUGCCAGGAUCGCCGCCCCCUUCUGGACACUCAGCCAUGGCGCUGGGACCCUCGAACAGCCCCCUCUUUGAAGGCCCCAUGCCCUGCUCCACCUUUCUGCCUCGCCAUGACCGCAGACUGGCCGUGGUGGAUCGCUGGAACCGGCCCAAGCCCGAGAAGGUCCUGAGUGGCAGCAGCAGUGCCAGCCUGGGUAUUGGGGGUAUCGCGGGAGGCAUCACUGAACUCCAGGCCCAGCAGCAGUACCAGCAGAACCUGGGGCAACACUGGAAAUUGCAAGGAGCGGGUGACAGUGGGCUGGAUGAGUACAAGCGCUACUACGGUCCCAUAGAUCCGGAGGGGCUCGGAGCUAACUCGGACCAGCAGGUCGGGGGCAGCCAGCAGACUCCCAAAGGUAAUCCCAGAGGCCCCAAAUCCGCCGUCAUGUCCAGGCCACCUUCCAAAGGAUCCGGAGCCUUAAUUGGCAAGCCGCCGCCUCCGCUGCCUUCCUCGCCACGGAGGCCCCCUUUCUGGCGGCGUGGAAGUCUUGCUCAGACGAGGAGAAAGAGCUCCGGGGGCCCCCUGUAUGAGAACAUCCUGCCUCUGGGGAGAAGAGGAGGCGGCAGGUACGGAGCAGGUGAUCUCAUGGGAAGGAGGGGGCGGCAUGCUCCUCCCCUACCUCCUCUGCCAGUCCCCCUUUGUUCCCCGACGCAUACCCCAACCACUCCCUCGUCCCCAUGCCGCUUCUACUCUACAUGCUCCAGCGCCUCAUCAUCGUCGUCCUCCUCCACGUCUUCCUCAUCCUCCUCGUCCUCCUCCGCCUCGGUCUCUCGCUCGGAUUCUCCUUCUUCCUGCUCCAGUGACAGCUCCUACAACUCCUCCUUGAGCUUUCGCUAUCGUGCCGGAGACCGGGAAUUCACAGUGGAGGACGAGUACGACUCUGAUCUGCUGACGGAAGAGUCCAGUCUCCUCCUGGGCUCGCGCCGGAAGAUCCGUUGCCGUCGCAUGUCGUCGCGCUCGCUGCCGUGCAGUCCUCCGCCGCCCGUCCCGCCGCGUAAGCCGCGCCCACAGAGAGACGAUGGACGAGAGCGCAGGAGCAGCCAGCUGGCGCAGUUACAAGAGUGGUGGGCAUCGUGGGGCGACAGAGAAAGGGGUCGCUCUGGGACAACCAACCCCAGAGGUGUUAGAGAAGACAAAAGGGAGCGAAAAGAGCGGGAACGUGAGAACAAGCGCAGGAAGAAGGGAAGAAAAAAGAAGCGCGAAGAAAGGGAGCGAGAAAGGGAGCGAAAGCGACGCAAAGCCAAGAAGAAGAAAAAGAAAGAUGAAAAGCUAAGGAAGAGAGAGAGAAAGAAGUCAGACCAGGAGGGAAGAGAUCCUGACAAGCGAGAGGAGGCCAAACCGGACUACCCGUCGUACCUUCACUUGAAGGGGGAGUCCUUUGGCAAAAAGAGCGAGACCUCUGUCAGGAGCUAUGGUUGGAACAUUCCAGCCGAGGAUGAGAGGAAGGCCAGAGAAGAAAAAGAGCGAGAGGAUGGCAAGGAAAGCGGAGCGGCCGAGAGGCAGCACAGGCGCAGGAACAGCAAACACUAUCAGUCCUCCAGCAAUAAGCCGUCCACAUCUGUCAAGUUCUGGGCAGGGAACCUCUCCUCCGACACCAUCCCAUUGGCCUUCCUGCCCCUCUUGCCCGUCGGAUCCAAAAGGAGAAAGAGCAAAAGCUCCGACAGGGAUGUGGUUGGAAUUGAAGGAGAGAGAAAGCCGCUGCUGGGUCGGAAUGGGAGAGGUGAGAUUCCUCCUAAGGAAGGUUUAUCCUUCCAUGCUUGGGAGUCGGAUCUAGAGGAAGACGAAGAAUCUGACCGAGAGCGACGGAAAGGCGAGUAUGCCAAGAGGCAAGGCGGGACCAUCUCGGAUGAGGACGGAGACCGGGAUAAGGGUGCGGGGAUAUAUUCGGACGACGAGGGCUCUUCGGGCGAGUUUGGCAAGUUUGAGAGGUACUGGGAUGAGCACGAUGACACAGCAGUGGGUGGGAUUGGAGGAGGGGGCUGGUUUUUUAGCACCUACCCCUCCAGGGACAAAGCGGGAAGCGUCAACAGCAGGGACGACUUGUUCCUAGAACGAGGGGAGAGGUGGGGGGCCGGGGAAAGUGCUUGGGCUUGGGGCUCGCGCCGCCCGCCCUCUCCGCUCGCACCGCCCCCGCCUCGACGCUACUGGUCGGUGGACAAGCUUCACAUCCAGGAUGAGAAGAAGACCAAGCGACGGUCCAAGGACAAAACGAGAGGACCCGCCGCUUGUUCUUCCUGCCUCUCACCGGGACAUCCUCCGCAUGUCCGUUCUUCAAAGUGGGCUGGCAUCACCUCACGCAGCCAAGAAGAGCUUUACCAUCACCGCCAGAGCUUCAGCAGCACCUCAAAGCCCAAACACGACUCAUCGUUGUCCUCCAAGCCGGAUCGCUCGCAGAACCCCACCAAAUGUGAAAGCCAGCUCAGCCUGAGCAUCCAGCAGCGGACACAAAGAUCGGAGAGAGGACGACUUCCUUCCCCGCCUUCCGCCCUCAUGCCCAACUUGCCAAGCCCCCUCCCCGCGCUUCCAGCGCCUCCAUCCUCUGCUCACCCGAUCCAUGCUCCUCCACUGACAUCCUCCUCCUCCUCUGUGUCCUCACCCUCGGUGGUAUCGUCCAUCCCGGGCGCCACGCGGCCUUCCUCCGUAGCUUCGGCCAGUGCCAAAUUGCAGUACCAGAGGCUGCGCUCGGUUCCUCCGCCCCAAAGGUUUCCUCAGUCCCCUCACGUGCCCCUCAAAGCCAAGGCCCUCUGCUCCCGGAGGGGCUCGGCUCAUUUCUCCAGCGUGGAGAGUGAGGUCUGAGGCUAUCUCCCUCGCUGCCCACUCACUCUCUACUCCGAGUCCUUUUUCCUGAGGCUCUGCACAAAACGACCACAACUUUGAACAAGUCGUUUGGAGGGAAACGGGAGCCAACUUCCCACGUGAUCGGAAGCGGGGCAAUCAACCUUUGGAGACUUGCUGGCUACAGACAGCAAAGGGCUUUGGGUGUCGGAGCAGACGAGUAAUUUUGAGGGCUCAGGAACUUUUGUGGUAUGCCCGCUGCUCCUGCAAGCCUGUAGCGCUCCUCACCACGCUUGGUUUUUUCCCCUCUCUCGACAAAGACCCACUUUCCCUUUUCCCUUAAGAACUGUUUACAUCCCCGCAGAACUGUGACGCCCAGCGGGGGCACCUCCCCCCCAGUCGAUAAAAAAAAAAAAAAAAAGGAGGCUGACGUGUCCCGUUUUGAGUUUGUGUUGUCAUACUUCAAGAACUUUGUCGAGCUUUCCUCCUUCUCGCUGCGCUUCUUGUGUGUCUGCUUUUUUGUCUUUGUAGUCCUGACAACAGGGUAAGUCAACUGUGACUGACAGACUGCUGGCCUAAUGCAAAGCUGAGUGCCAAACUCCACAUCAAUUUGUACCGACCGCCUUUGCGACGCCGUCAUACGCACACGAAAGGGCACACAGACGCUUAUGCGCUCGGAUCAAUGUCUUUUUGUUUUUUCUUUCCAGAGCAAUACAUUCGAUUUUUCGACGCCUUUGCGUUAUUCGUGUCGUCGUCGUCGUCAAUGUGGAUCUAUAUACGUAUAUCUAUAUAUCGAGAAAUGUAUUGAGUCGAAUACGAUGUAAGCACUGUGCCAUACGACCCGUGGAACAUUCCGCCGACUACCUAGCGCAAGAACGGCAGCAGAUGCCCCGUCCGCUAACUCCAAUUGACCGAAUGUAUCGUGGACAGUUCACGCACUUGAUGGUGGCAUCAACUUUCAAGUACGCUCACCUCAAUGAGGCAUUUUUUUUUUCUCAAGAACAAGAAACAGCGACCAAUCAUCCAUAAAUGUAGCCCUUUAGCUAACCCUAAAAUUCCCUUGGCCCUAAAGCAAAUGAACGCUAGCUACCACUUGGGAAAGUUUCCAAACAUGUUCCCAUCUGAAGGUUAGCAUCGCAUCCAGCAUGGCAACGAGUGUCUCUUUUGCAAACUGGUGCUACACAUGUUGGACCCAGGCCAUGGGUCGUUGCAGGGAAAUGUGCAAGUGUAGCUAACUGUGUGUCUGUCUGUGUGUGUGUGUGAUUUGGAUUGGAUAACCGUCGUUCUAAUGUCAAAAGAGACAGUGCCUAUGUUGGAUGCUAGCUUUGGCGGAAUUGUGCAGCGUAGCAGGGUGCAGCAGCGCCUCCGCCUGUUGUGCAUUCCAAAAAAAACUCACCUCGGAAAUAAGUUUUUACUUUUUACUUGCCAAUGAGCUGACACCAGCAGCCAAACUCCGGAAACAAAUAAGAAUUCAUGCCGCUAGCUGCUAGCUGCCAGCCUGCCGCCGUUGACUUUUCGUGGACACGAGCGGAGUGCCAGCGUGGUCGUUCCAUUUU